AUGCCGCGAUCUAAAGUCCCUCGCGCUUGCCUCCCGUUACAACCUCAGGAUUGUCCAGUCCGUCCUCUUCGCCGACGUCACGCUCCCGACUCUCGCCUACCCUCCUUUCAUGCAAGUGUCCUCUCACGUCCGACAUAUUUAGGACCUAUAGUUCGACGUCUACGAUUCGACCACGAUUCCGAUGAAGUGGGAUUAGCAUUCCAUGACCUCACCGAACUACUUCGUGCCCUUCCAAACCUGCGCUGCCUACACAUAAAUGUGCGCUAUUACUUCCCCAGACACUACGAUCGUUUAUCAGAUGCGAUAUUGGCCGCCCCACAACUCACGCAUCUUGAGACUGGUUCCUCUAUGGACCCUAUGUGGAUCACCAGUGCUCUCCGUCGAAUGGUCAAUAUCACCGAGCUCUCCCUCGAUCUCAGUCUCUGCCGCAUGGGUGCAGAUGACCCAGCAGGAAGACUGCAGAUCUUCUUCGAUGCUGUGGAUGCGAUGAGUGCUCAUCUAAUCCGCCUCUCCAUCCGCGGUCCACUGAACUUUCGAUUACCCAUACUUCUCCUGAAAUUCACACUCUGCGACAUACUUCCCCACACUCCCAAUGUCCAAGAGCUCCUGGUACACGAAACGUUGGAAGGAGCCAAGCGUCAGCGGUCCAUCGGCUUUGACUAUCUCUCUGAUGUGUCCCUUCCUACCAAUCUCAAGGAGAUCAAGUGGAUCGAUAGAGAUGCGUUGAUAUACCACAUCAGCCCGCUUAUUCCGGACAGCACCGAUCCUGUGCGGAUACUCUUCGCAUUCAUCCCCUCCUUGAUGAAAGUCGAUCACUACGGACAAGGCUAUCGCUAUGUGUAUCGCCGUCUAGAGAACAACACUAUCGAUACUAUCGAGCGCUGUUCGAAGAGAAUCAAUAGUAGAUCCUUGGCAAAGGCGCUCGAGGAGUUUAAAUGCUUCCACGGAGUGGAUUGUUUCUGA